CCCGCAGGUCAGUGCGAGGCAAACGUCAGGCGUGUGUGGGUGUGCGGUGCUAAGCGGCUGAUGGUCUCUACCCGAAGUCUAUAAUUUAAUUGCUUUGUGUACAGCAAAAACAUGAAAAAAAUCUGCGCAACCAUCUGCUAAGGAUUUUCUUAACAACGUCAACAUACUUUAGUAGCUAGGAAAUCUCUUGCUGGUCCCGUGGCCGCUCUGACGACGUCAAAGCGUCCUCAAGAAUUCAGCGGGAAGAUUUCUACGUGAAGAGAUAACGUCUAUUUUCGUGUCAUAGACAGCAUAUAUAGACUGAAAACUGGCACUGACAUUACUAUUCAUUGUACUUUUCAUGAUUCCAUGAUACUGUCUGAACGAUUUAUUAAUUCAAACUAAUUUUUACGUGAUUUUUCCAUUGCUUUUGCUAAGAAAUUUUCAAUUUUGUCUGUACUCCGUUAUGGACGCGUCAGUGCCUAUUAAAAGAUUGUGUUGAAAUCUUGGACCAAAUUUAGGAAAACGAUUGUGUUCUCUAUUGUCUUUCUGUUAAUGCGUCACAUAUGCGUUAAUGCCUCAAAAUAUGAAGUGCCCGAUUUUGUUUUAUUAUUCUGACGUGAGUAUAAACUUUGCACCGUGGCAUGAUCUGGCGAAAGAAAUCUCUAACGUUGCGAUCUUCUUUGAACCUAAAAAUUUCUGUCAAUUUUUACAAGCUUAAAUAGACGUAGCGUCGCAUAGAAUCCCCGCCACUUGUCGAUACAAACGGAUUGACCAAUCAUUAACAGACUUUAUUAUCAAGGACUGACUUCAUCCGAUCAUCGCUGAACGUAAAAAUUUUCGGGCGUUACCAUUAUCAUCUGACGAAGGGAUCAUUGUUAUACCAAAUCAUCAUCCACGAGCGUAACCAUCAUCUACUGACUUACCGAUCAUCGUUAGACUGGACCAUCAUUUGCAAUCAUCAUCAUCGUCUAAAGCAAGAGUCUACCUCGUCACCUGCUGACGAUAUACUGGACCAUCAUUCGCAAUCAUCUUCAUCGUCUUCUAAAGCAAGAGUCUACCUCGUCAGCUGCUGACGAUGGAGCGCCAGAUCCCGCACAUCCUGGACGUGUUCUCGUCAUCCCCGGGGGCGCGGCGGAGGCUGAGAGCGGGCAUCGUGAGCGCGGACAAAGACGAUCUACAUAAGAACCCAGGCAGCGACUCGGCCGUAGGCUCGACCGACGACGAGAGCGACGAGCAGAAGAACAUCGCCAAGUACUUCGACUACCUCAACGAGGAUGACUUCUCGGGCAGCAGCCAGCGCAAGAAGAAGAAGAAAACUACGACCACCUCAAGAGAAAACACAAAUAAAGACACUAAAGUGCCCGAUCAAAAAGGUGGAAGCGUUACUGAAAAUAACGAGAAGAAUAAGGUCGGACAAAAUAACAAUAAAAAAGAAAAGGCUCAUCGUAAAGGUGAGCAAGAGAGAGAUAUUCGGCAUAUUGAACGACAUCUUUCGAUGAAGAAAACCAUACGUAAAAAAAUGAUGCGAGACUUACAGCAAGCUUUUGUGGAAGAUCCAAAAGAUCUUCAACAAGAUCCCAAGGGUCUGGCUGAUGACAAGAAGAAUAACAUUGAUAUAAACAAUUUGACUUUUUCUAAAAAUCGCAUGUCUAAAUCAGAACAUAAUUUUCUUGAUAUGUUAAAAGAGGAUCAGGUUAAAGAACGAAAAGGCCUUAGAGCGUUAAUGGACUUUAGGAAACCUUCGCUUACAGCCCAGCCUGAACCUGAAAUCAGACCCCCAACGAAAGAGGGCGACUCGAAAAUUCUUAAAGAACCCAAACCGGUUAACGAUAAAACUCAAAUUUCUGCUAAUGAAUCUAAAUCAGACGAAAACAUCCCAAAAGAAACCAAGCCCUUGGAUUCAAAAUUAAGGGACACUAAACCAAUUAAUAUGAAAUCAACUGAUAAGAAGUUCAUUGACGAGGAUUCCGGUCAUGAUUCGCCGACUCACGAAUCGCAUGAGCCGUUGAAUCAGAAAAGUAGGAGCCGAGACGACCUCGACGAGACGUGCGACUCAAAAGACGCCUCAUCUAAAAAAUCGAGUUUUUGGAAGCGAUUCACAGGCAAAAAUAAAACUAAGCGAUGAUGCCUCAUUCGGCGCUAAAAAUAAUGUGUUCCUGAUAUAAAAUGGUGUCCAUAGUUAUUACAUUUAGGGAUAUUUGAUGUGUCUGUUGUUGAAUACUUAGGUAUAGAUUUGCCACUCUCUUUCUUGCAUUGCUUACCUAAUUAAGAUUAAAGCAUUUAUACAUUUUCCUCAGUAGGUUCCUGUUGUUUAUUUGGUAAAUAUUUUGCCAAGCUAACAGAUACUGCUUAAUCUAGCCUAUAUAUCUUUUUAUUUAGAAUAUCUUGUAUCUCUUUUCAUUCUAUUAUCCUAUCGACAAAGAGAAUUAUCCUGCAUUUUCAUUUUUUUUGCUUUCAUACUUUUUAAUUUUCUGCUGUGCUAUUGAUGAUCUGCGUGAAGGAAUAGAAACCUUAAAAAUAUCUCAUAAUGUAUUGACAUUUUAUUCCUUAUGUGUUAAAUUAUUGGCCCGGAUUGGUUAUUCUGCGUAAUUAAAAAUAGGCAUCAGAUAUUUCAAUUCCCUUAGGUAUUAAUUGACAAGUUUAGCCUAGAUGCAGUGCAUCGAUGAGGAGCUUUUAAUAUGUAAAAAGAUUAGAAAUUAUUGUUAUCGAUUUGUACUAGUCUAUGAAUUCUUUUAAGCUUUCAUUUCCUGAGGUUCAAUAUCUUCGAAAUUUAUUGCAUUUCCUUACAGCCGAGCGUUUACAGCCGAGCGUUUCUUAUGACCCGACAUGUGAUCGCUUCAUUAAUAAUGUGGUGGAAUGCUCGAACAAUGUAUUAAAUUCAAAGCUGGACUUUCUUUGUAAUAUACGGUGAUAAGUGAUUGCUACGUAGGAGCAUCGUUCCGUUACGGUUUAGUCUCAAGCGUUCUCCAGCUUUAUCAUAGUUCCUGAUUUUAUUUCUUAAUAUUCAAAUGUGCCACCUGAAUGUGACUCUCAUUUUCACGUGACUUCUUAGGUUUCAAAUUAAAUUGUUUUCUCCACA